CAGGCAUCCGCUGCCAUGGCCCAGCCCCUGUGCGCACCGCUCGCUCAGCCCUGGAUCCCGGGUCCCGCUCGUCGGCCCCCGCUGACGCCUUCCGACGGGGACAGCGUCUGCUCCCCGGCCUGGCCCUCGGACCCGUGGGACGGUGCCCGGGCCCGCAGCCCCGCGCCGUCCUAUGCCCGCCCGGCCCGGCGCGCUGGGGCCCCGGGAAAGCGAGGGUCUCCCGGCAGCCGCCUGGGCAGCGGGCAGCGGCAGAGCGCCAGCGAGCGCGAGAAGCUGCGCAUGCGCACGCUCGCCCGCGCGCUGCACGAGCUGCGCCGCUUCCUGCCGCCGUCCGUGGCGCCCGCCGGCCAGAGCCUGACCAAGAUCGAGACGCUGCGCCUGGCCAUCCGCUACAUCGGACACCUGUCGGCCGUGCUGGGCCUCAGCGAGGACAGUCUGCGGCGACAGCGGCGCGCAGGCGCGGCGUCACCUCGUGCCUGCCCGCUGUGCCCGGACGGCGGCCCGGCGCAGGCGCAGUCGCUCGGCCUGCCUCUGAGGCCGGCCGCCUGCAGCGGGGUGUCGUGGGGGUCCCCGCCCGCGUGCCCUGAACCCCGAGUCGUCGCAGAGCACUGGGACCCAUCGUUCCCGUACGCCGAGACAGAGGCGACGUCCUUGGAAAGGCAGGAGCUGGAACCCAGCCCCUCUUCUCCGCUCUUCAGCAGCGACGUGCUGGCUCUGCUGGAAACCUGGACGCCGCAGGAGUGGCCGCCAGCUUGAAGGGACAGUGAUGACUGGCACCCUGUCUGAGCAUAGAGACUUUUCCUUUUGCCUCCCUCCGCACCCUCGAAGCGAGUAUUUCCUGGGAGAGGCGCCGGCGACACCAACGUGGGCAUGCCCUGCUUGGGAGGAGGGACCCGUAGGGUGAACUCUCUAAAACUCAAGCAGGCACAAUACUCUGCGUGGUGUGUAUUUAUUUAUUUGUGAAUAAACCGUUUGUGCUGG